AUCUCGGUCAAGCCACAUCCCACGUUGCGAAGGCGAUUCAACUUGAUUCCUGUCAGACGCCCUUCCGUUCCACUGAGAUACCCAUCUUUUUGCAUAUAUUAAUCGAGGACACGCUUCCGUCCUGUCUUAUUCUUUUUUAAUUGUCCGGGUUCCUUGAUACUCCUUCAAUAUGGUCCUCCAGGAUCUGGGGCGGCGAAUCAACGCCGCUGUCGGCGAUCUGACACGGUCGAAUAAUCUCGAUGAGAAGGCAUUUGAUGAUAUGCUUAAAGAGAUUUGCGCCGCCCUCCUCUCCGCAGACGUCAAUGUCAAACUCGUCCAGAGUCUCCGCAAACAGAUCAAAGCCAGCGUCAACUUCUCGUCCCUCCCUUCUGCAGUGAACAAGAAGCGAUUAAUCCAGAAGACCGUCUUUGAUCAGCUCGUCACUUUGGUCGAUCCUCAUGCUGAGCCGUUCCGCCCCAAGAAGGGACGGCCAAAUGUGAUCAUGUUCGUGGGUCUACAAGGUGCGGGAAAGACGACAACAUGUACGAAGCUAGCAAGGCAUUAUCAGACUCGAGGGUUCAAGACGGCCCUCGUUUGCGCUGAUACCUUCCGUGCCGGUGCUUUCGAUCAACUGAAGCAGAACGCUACGAAAGCGAAGAUCCCAUACUACGGUAGCUUGACACAGACGGACCCCGCCAUUGUUGCGGCGGAGGGUGUUGCGAAGUUCAAGAAGGAGCGCUUUGAGAUUAUUAUCGUGGAUACCAGUGGUCGUCAUAAGCAGGAGGAAGAUCUCUUCACGGAAAUGACUCAGAUCCAAACCGCUAUUACCCCAGACCAGACGAUCCUCGUCAUGGACGGCUCGAUCGGUCAGGCUGCGGAAGCGCAAGCAUCAGCUUUCAAGGCUACUGCUGAUUUUGGAGCAAUCAUUAUCACGAAGACUGACGGCAAUGCCGCUGGAGGUGGUGCUAUCUCUGCAGUCGCAGCUACGCAUACACCUAUCAUCUUCUUGGGUACCGGUGAGCACAUGAUGGAUCUGGAACGCUUCGAGCCGAAGGCCUUCAUCCAGAAGCUCCUGGGCAUGGGUGACAUCGCUGGAUUAGUUGAGCAUGUGCAGGCCGUCACAAAGGACUCUGCCACAGCCAAGGAAACAUAUAAACACAUCACUGAGGGUAUCUACACGGUUCGUGAUUUCCGCGAGAACAUUACUUCGAUCAUGAAGAUGGGUCCUCUGUCCAAGUUGUCUGGCAUGAUCCCCGGUUUGUCGAAUUUGACUGCUGGUCUCGAUGAUGAAGACGGCUCUCUCAAGCUCCGUCGUAUGAUCUACCUCUUUGACAGCAUGACAGCUGCGGAGCUCGACAGCGAUGGCAAGAUCUUCGUCGAGCAGCCUUCUCGCAUCGUCCGCAUAGCUUGUGGUAGCGGAACGACGGUGCGCGAGGUCGAGGAUCUUCUUUCGCAGCACCGCAUGAUGGCCGGCAUGGCCAAAAAGGUCGGCGGACAGAAGAAGCAGAUGCAGCGCGCACAGAACAUGCUCAAGGGCGGAAACAAGGAACAGCAGAUGGCUGCGAUGCAGAAGCGCAUGGCCGCCAUGGGCGGCGCGGGUGGCAUGCCCGGUAUGGGUGGACUGGGUGGAAUGGGCGACAUAUCCAAGAUGAUGCAGAUGUUGCAAGGUCAGGGCGGCGGCGGCAUGCCUGGACUGGGCGGGAUGGACUUGCAGAGCAUGAUGAGCCAAAUGAGUGGCUUGAUGGGUGGUGGUGGCGGCGGUGGAAGAGGAGGACGACGGUAGACGACAACGAAGCUUCCUCAGUCAUCUUUUCUCUUCUGCUCCAAUUCUCUACCCGUGUCAAUUGCGGCCAUGUCGUUAACCCUUUUCACGAUGCAUGUCUUCGGCGUUUCUGGUGUUCCACACGAUGGCUUCAAGCCAACCUAUCUCUAUAUUUGUAUACUGUAACCUGCUAAAAUAGUACCCACUUUCGGACAAUUUU